AGAUCAUGAAAGCCGUUAAGUUUGGACAAAGUGGUUGUAAAUAAAUGUGCGGUGGUUGUAAGAGCUCACGAAAGUAAGACUAGCGUGUUGUUUCCCGUAAAUUGAAAACGAUUGCAUGCGUAUUUCAAGUAUUAGGAAGCGUCAUCGGUGUUGAUUGGCAAUUCUUUGAUAAGCCUUUUAUGAUCAGAUGGUGACCAGAUGAUGUUGUGUCGCGAUUUCUCUUGCUCGGAUCUGUAUAUAUCUCCUCACAUUCAUAAACUUUCAUCGGUCGGAGGCAAAUUAAGUUCGAUGCGAAAAGGCCUCGUGCUGGGUAUUAUCGCAGUCGUCGGAGUCUUUAUCGCUGUCGUGGAUGUCAUAACCGCUAAGAAUUUCGCUCCUGCCAACAAAAUGCCGAUCGACUCAGCCCAUUCGGUGCGCAUGCUCCCCUCAGGUCUCCACAAAAAUUCUCCUAAAGCAGAAGAACGUGCCAUCGCGAUAAAUAAUCAUGAUAAUGACAGUUUGGCUGAAGAACGAAGCCAAUCGCCGUCGAUUCUAAAAAACAUCGUUUUCUUUUUCUUCUACCUAUUUGGAGCCACUCCGAUGAAUUUCCAUCGAAUACCAAUUCUUGGUUCGACAGGACUAAAUAAAAGUUUUAGGAAUUGGUAUUUCUACCAGGCCACACAGCUAGUCAAGAAUAAAUUGAAGGGGGUUUUCAAAAAGCUAAUUCGCUUCAAAAAGUAAGGCAAGAAUUGCGUCGUUUGAAUAGAUUUUUUUCUCUCGUAUGUGUGCAUUGUCGCAUCUAUCCACAAUACUCAUAUGCAGGUUGGUUCCUAAGUAUCAAGACAAAGGCUAUUACACGGCUUGCAGACUGCAUUCAUACGCAAACUAGCUUUCAAGUCGCCGGAUUAAUGUUGCUGAAGUCAACAAAUGUCUUCAGGUUUUCCGCGAUUUUUUCGCCAAAAAGUUUAGCGUAUCCAUUGUGGGCCAUACAAACGCAACAAAAAUCUCAGAUAUCACAUACGUCUGAAGUUCGGAUAUGCUUCAAAAGAAGCUAGUUGAUCAAAGCAGCCAUCAAGACGAAGGUCCACAAUCAAGCUAUCGAUCUGGUGGUGAAGUGAUGUCCUGGACACUAGCGUCAUAAAUUCGAAGCCACAUCAACCUUGUGGCACUCAACUGAAAGUUCAAGACACUACUUUUGUGUUAUCGAAACCCGUCGUGUAUAAUGCCAUUGUCUAUAGUCUUCUGGAUCAGACUAUAAAUCAGCUCAUAUGAUAUCGAAGUGAGCAAGAUUCUGAGCAAGACACACUACUGCAUUGCAUGGCAAGAUUUGCAUGUCAUCAUUGUAUUGUAUUUGCUGUCGCAAAUCAACACAUGUUGUAUGCUUUCAUCUGCGUCAAAGUGACUGCAUUUAGUGCAUCGAUCAAUGUUUAAUUAAACGCGGUAUGUCCACUUAAGGUCAAAUGAUGAACCCAAUUGUGAAGUUUCGAGACGUCUGUGCAUACACUUCUGCGCUCAUGACUUUGUCAGCUAUUCAGG